GGAAUGGUCAGAGAAGGAACUUUCAAUCUGGUGUCUACAGAUUAGUGAUCUUGAGAAGUAUCCAACCAGUGAUGGGAAUAGGUCCCUAAAGCCUUUGCAAAGAAAACAAGCAUGGAACCAACCAUAAUGAGAGAGGAUUCUAAGGAAUAGAAGAGUUGGGACAACUCAACUAAGCCUCAGCAUUUAUGAUGGGAAAGCAUUUACUGCCAUCAUGUACUACAUAGUCCCUUAGGGUUAGAGAGAGUGUUCUCAGGGUGUCAGGAUCUAACUGGAUAUUAUGGUCUGGGGGUAAAUGGGAUUGGGGGUCUGAAUGAAUGGUGCUCAAAUCCUCCUACAACCACCUCUCUUCUGCCUAGAAUUGGAGCUGGCCAUUAGAGUCACCCUUUAUGCGGUGAUCUUUCUGAUGAGUGUUGGAGGAAAUGUGCUCAUCAUUGUGGUCCUGGGACUGAGCCGGCGCCUGAGAACUGUCACCAAUGCCUUCCUGCUCUCCCUGGCAGUCAGCGACCUCCUGCUGGCUGUGGCUUGCAUGCCCUUCACACUCCUGCCCAACCUCAUGGGCACAUUCAUCUUCGGCACAGUCAUCUGCAAGGCUGUUUCCUACCUCAUGGGGGUGUCAGUGAGUGUGUCCACGCUAAAUCUCGUGGCCAUAGCCCUGGAGCGGUACAGCGCCAUCUGCAGACCACUGCAAGCACGGGUGUGGCAGACACGCUCCCACGCAGCGCGGGUGAUCUUAGCCACAUGGCUACUGUCUGGACUACUUAUGAUACCUUAUCCUGUGUACACCGCAGUGCAGCCAGUGGGGCCUCGAGUGCUGCAGUGCGUGCAUCGCUGGCCCAGUGCUCGUGUCCGCCAGACCUGGUCAGUGCUGCUGCUAAUACUUUUGUUCUUCGUCCCGGGUGUGGUUAUGGCGGUGGCCUACGGGCUCAUCUCUCGCGAGCUCUACCUUGGUCUUCGCUUUGAUGGUGACGACAGUGAGACCCAAAGCAGGGUCCGAAACCAAGGAGGCCUGCCGGGUGGGGCAGCACCAGGGCCUGUCCACCAGAACGGGGCUUGCCGGCCUGAGACUAGCCUCCCUGGGGAAGACAGUGAUGGCUGCUACGUGCAACUUCCGCGUUCCCGACUGGAGAUGACAGCGCUGACCACGCCCACUCCUGGGCCAGGGCCAGGCCCUAGGCCCAACCAGGCCAAGCUGCUGGCUAAGAAACGUGUGGUGCGAAUGCUGCUGGUGAUUGUUGUGCUUUUCUUCCUGUGUUGGCUGCCAGUGUACAGCGCCAACACGUGGCGCGCCUUCGAUGGUCCAGGGGCACACAGAGCACUCUCAGGGGCCCCCAUC